AUGAAUGGCCGACCGGCUGUGAGCCUCAGAUCUCUACCCACCCUUUCCUCCUCAAACCCACCAUCCGCUCGCUCAACAGGCUCUGAAUCAUCAACUAGUAAACAUACCGCUCGUUCUCGUCGCACCAAAUCACAGGAAGUAGAGCAGCCUGAAGAAAAAGACGUAGAAGAGAGACCUACUGCCAGCGCUACGAUGCUCUCACCACGAAGCAGUAACUACGAAAGAUUAGAAGGAGGAAUGGGGCCUGGUAAAGUGAGGAAUAGGAAGAGAUUUGGUUGGAAGAAGUUUGCCAUUGGGGCGACUAUUCUUAUUGGGCUGGUGUGGCUCUUCGGACCUCGAGAGAAUAUCAAGAGGUUACCUUGGUCGGCGUCGGAGGAGGAUAUGGACGUAGGUGACUCAAACCCAAAAACCUAUCCUUCUAGACCAAACCACCAUACACCCACUGAUGACGACGUCGAGAUCCACCCACCUCCCCCCAACUCGGGUUCCAACGCUCACCCAACCUCGUACGAGGAAGACUCCGACCCAACUUCCACAACCCACUGCACAAAACCCUAUUCCCCAACAUCCUCCCUCGUCCAAUGGGCACUCAUGAUCGACGCAGGUUCGACUGGCUCCCGCAUCCACAUCUACAAAUUCAACAACUGUCAGAAAAACCCUUCGUUCGAAUACGAAGUAUUCCACAUGAUCAAAGGAGGACUCUCAGACUACGCAGGAAAACCAGAAGAAGCCGCUGAGAGUUUAGACGUGCUCAUGGACGAAGCUCUCCGUGUCGUUCCGGAAUCGCUCCAAUCUUGUACACCGGUUGCGGUCAAGGCGACUGCUGGGUUGAGGUUGCUCCCCGGUUCGCAAUCGGCAGAUAUUUUGAAGGCUGUUGAGAGGGCGUUGAAAGAGAGCUAUCCUUUUAAGCUCCACGAGCCCGAUGGGGUUGUGAUUAUGGAUGGGAAAGAUGAAGGGGUGUAUGCAUGGAUUACGGCGAAUUAUUUGUUGGAUACUAUCCGGGAUACGACGAAGAACGCGGAUCAUUCCGACACGUAUGCUGUGCUUGACCUCGGAGGAGCAUCUACGCAAAUCGUGUUUGAACCCAAGUUCUCCAAGCCGGAUUCGAGUCUUGAAGAAGGGGAUCAUAAAUAUGACCUCGAGUUUCUGGGAAAGAAAUACGUGUUGUAUCAGCAUUCGUAUUUGGGGUAUGGGUUGAUGAAGGCGAGGGCAAGGAUUCAUCAGAUUGUCGAGUUUAUGGCUUCGCUUGAUCCUUCGCGAGAGAAGGCGAAGGAGAAGGGAUUGGAGGUGUUUGGGAACCCUUGUAUUGCCAAGGGUAUGAAACGGGAUGUGGAGAUUGAGGAUGCGAAGACGGGGGACAAGAAGAACGUGACGAUGGUUGGCGAAGAAAUUGGAUCGUUCGAUGCUUGUAAUAGGGUUAUUGAACUGGCAUUGGCAAAGGAUGCCAUCUGUAAACUCAAACCCUGCUCAUUCAACGGCGUCUACCAGCCGUCUCUCCUAGACACCUUCCCCAGCGGAAGAGUCCUCCUCCUUUCCUACUUUUACGACCGCCUCGAACCGAUCCUCUCUGGAUCUCACGCGCGCUCUUCCUCCUCUUCCUCCGAAGAUCUCAUCCAAACCUCAUCUCCAAGCGGAAACCCGAAACUGUCGAUCUCCUACAUCUCUUCUCUUGCUCGAACGAUCUGCGAAGGUCGUCCUUCCUGGGACCAGAAUCUCAAACCUUCCGUUGCGCUUAUGAAAGAACUAGAAGGAAGACCGGAGUAUUGUCUUGACUUAACGUUCAUGCAUGCGUUAUUGAGACUUGGAUACGAGUUUGGUGGGGAGAAAGAGGUAGAGCUUGGGAAGAGGGUUGAAGGGACCGAGUUGGGGUGGUGUUUGGGAGCUACCAUUUCCAUGGUUGGUGGCGGGAAUUUGAAGUGUAGGGUGUAA